AUGGCUGUUCUGAAGAAGCUACUGAAUGCUGACAUGAUUGGGAAGCUGGUGGAGCACCCAGAACAGCUGGACAUGCCUGAGCUGAUAGAGCUGUCACGUAACUUCUUCAAGAUGCAGGCGGUGGUGGGCGGCUUGGCCUUCCUGUAUGGCGCCUGCCAUAGCUCGAUGGGCCUGACGACAGUGGGUAACUUCCUGAUGCCCUUGCUCGGCAUCUACAGCACGCGUGAUGACAACCCCGACAACUACAAGUGCUUGCGGCUCUGUGCCAUGUACUGGAUCCUUGGGGCAAUCUUUUCCUUCUUCGAAGCCUUCCUGGGCUUCGAUUUGCACAAGGUGACCAUUGGCACUUUGAAGACCACCGUCUACGGCGUGCAGUGGCUGGUGCUGGCCCGCUUGUGGAGGUGGCUGCAAGUGCGGUACGUCGGAACUGUGAAGUUUUAUCUGAACGUGGUCAUCAAGAACAAGAAGGAGGUGGUGCGGAGCCAGGCGCGGGAGCGCUCCCGCGUGGCCGGCAAGAUUCUGGGAAAGAUCGCGAAUCAUUUCUUGACCGACGACGCCUUCUCGGAGAAGUUGGCCGGAAACCUGGAGAAGAGCAUGCCGAAGAGGCGCGCUCUGUUUUCUCUCUGUGGUUUCAAAGGAUUUUUUUUAAAGGGUGUGUAA